UAAUAAUUUAUAAGUAAUGUUAUACGAGUUUAUAUAACUUGACAUAUAUCGACAGAAAAUAGCUUCUCUGAAAGUUUGCCAUUGUUGUCGAAGAUAUUUAUUUUCUAAAUUAACAAGUCUGUCGAGACUAGUCCAGUUACGCCGAACGUCAUCAGAUAACCAUUAUUCAGCAAAGUUUGAACUGGUUUGAACUGAUUGAUUGUUAAACAUCUUCCAAAUAAGAUACAAUAUAUUUUUGAAUGUUAAGACAAUUUUGCCCAGGAUGCAGUCGGUUACCAUUCUUAGCAAAAGAGAAUUAUAGCAUAAGAAAAAUAUCAGUGCCACAAGACCUAACCUACAAUAUAAAUUAUAAAUAUGGGACUGAUAUUACAACCAAAAGAAAUGUUGAAAAAGAAUUUCCAUCUCCUGGGAAAUCAAUUCUCCCUUCACAAUCUCAAGUUGUCAUUGCUGGUGCUGGUACUGUUGCUAAUUCUGUUGCGUAUCAUCUUACUAUCAAUGGAUGUAAUGACGUACUUGUAUUGGAGCAAGGACGGAUUGGCAGUGGAACAUCACAUUUUGGCUCGGGCACUCUUGGAUUAUUCAAACCUAUCUCUCACAGGAACCUCAUUUCAUACAGUAUAAAACUGUAUCGUCAGUUACAAGAGAUGGGUUACGAUAUUGGAUUGCGAGAAUGUGGAAGUAUAAACUUGGCACAAACAAAAGACAGAAUGACAGCCCUAAAACGGAGAAUAGCAUAUAAUGUUCCUACUGGUUUACACUGUGAAAUUCUUGGGAAAAAAGAUUUAAAAAAACUUCAUCCAUAUUUGCAUGUGGAUGACUUAGAAGGUGCAGUCUGGGUGCCAGAAGAUGCAGUGGCCAAUUCUAGUGCAAUUUGCGAUAUUUUAGCAAAAUUAGCACGACAAGGUGGAGCACAGUAUCGGGAAAAUUGUCGAAUCCUAGAAGUCUCCACAGAUAAUGGUGCUGUAAAAUAUGUAAAAACUGAAAGUGGAACUGUCCUCUGCGAAUAUUUUAUAAAUUGUGCCGGAAUGUGGGCUCGAGAGUUAGGAUUGCGGUGCAAUCCACCAGUACGAAUUCCUGCAUAUCCGGCUGAACACUUUUAUGCUACAACCGCACCGUUUACACCAGAGUUAAGUUCCGAUUUACCCUGCAUACGAGAUUUUGAUUCUCACUCAUAUAUGAGACAGUGGCAAGGUGGUUUAAUGGCUGGCUGGUUCGAACGUGAAGCACGACCUGCUUUUGAAAAUGGUAAUGUCCCAGCAAAAGAUUGGACAGGCCAAUUAAAAACUGACAAAGCACAUUGGAAACCAUUAUGGGAAAAAGUUGUGCAUCGGUUACCUAUUUUAAAAGACAUUAAAGAACCCACAGUGUAUAAUUGUCCAGAUAACUUUACACCAGAUGGCAGAUGUAUAUUAGGAGAGAGUCCUGAAGUAAAAAAUUAUUUCGUUGCAGUGGGAAUGAAUGGUAAUUCUUUACAAGGCGCUGGUGGAAUAGGAAAAGAAAUCGCGGAAUGGUUGAUUAACGGUGAACCAACACAAGAAUUAUUACCAUUUAAUAUUCAACGAUUUUUGGAUCUUCACAACAAUAAACAAUAUCUUCAACAAAGAGUCAAAGAAGUUGUUGGGAGGAAUUAUGCCAUUUUAUAUCCGCAUCAAUGCGAAUACAAAUAUGCUCGCAAAUUACGCUGCUCGCCACUUUACUCUGUAUUGGAAGAACGAGGUGCUGUUUUUGGUAUUAAAAUGGCUUACGAGAGAGCACUUUAUUUUGAUUCAACUUAUAGACGUGGACAGAAAAAACCAGUCAUGCCACCGGGUAGUUUCUACAAACCUAAAUUUUUUGACUUUAUGAAAGAAGAAUUUCAUGCAUGCCGUGAAGGAGUUGGUAUAAUAGAUAUGAGCUCCUUCUCAAAAAUUGAAAUUAAGUCUACUCGUUGGGAAGUCAUGAAUUAUCUACAACAAUUAUGUUCAAAUGACGUUAAUAUCCCAGUGGGUGGUAUAGCGCAUACGGGAAUGCAAAAUGAAAGAGGUGGCUAUGAGAAUGACUGCAUGCUUGUUCGUAAAGCAGAGAAUAGUUACUUCAUGGUAUCACCAACUUCGCAGCAAACUCGAAUUUAUCAAUGGAUGUCCAGACAUUUACCGUCGGAUCAUUCAGUAGGUCUUAAUGACGUUACCUCAAAGUAUACAGUAAUCAAUGUAGUCGGUCCGAAAGCUACAGAAUUACUUUCUGAAUUUUCAAAUUCGGAUAUCGAUCUUACCGCUUUUACUUACAAGUCAGUAAACGUUGGCUAUGCAUCAGAUGUCAUGGUAAUGGCAUUCACUCACACUGGUGAACCAGGUUAUUGCCUUUAUAUACCAUCAGAAUAUGCUCUUCACGUAUAUUCUACUUUAAUGGAGGUAGGCAGGGAUUAUGGUGCACGUGACGUCGGAGUACUGACGCAACGAUUUAUGAGAAUAGAAAGAUUCAUCCCCUUUUGGGGAGAAGAACUCACCCCUUACGUUACUCCCUACGAAGCUGGAAAUGGAUAUAGCGUUAAACUGGAUAAAGAAUACUUUAUUGGGAAAUUUGCUCUUCAACGUCAGAAGGAACAAGGAGUGACUAAAAGACUUGUUUUAUUUGUUCUUAAUGAUCUUGAUGUAAAUAAGGACGUUUGGGCCUGGGGUGGUGAACCAGUGUAUCGUGAUGGUGAAUAUGUUGGAACGGUUACAUCUGCAGGAUAUGGAUUUGGAAUCGAUAAACUCGUUUGCUUGGGUUUCAUUGGUUCUCCUGGUGCAAGAUAUUCACAUGGAGACUCUAAUGCAUCCGUAAUUACUAUUGAAUAUGUAAUGGAUCCUAAUGCCCGAUAUGAAAUCGAUAUUGCUGGCAAUCGAUUUCCCGCUGAACCACACUUUUACGCUUUGCCGAUCCCAGUCUUCAACAGUAAAAUUCACAAAAAAUAUAUUCCUACUCCAGUAGUUUCAUACCAAAGUGAUGUGUCCCGUUGAACACCUUGUUUUAUGUUUGUUUAGCUGUCAUCUGUAUUUUUAGUUUCUUUGUUGCUCACAAUCUAAUAUUUAUUUCGCAUUUUUGUUUUUUAGUUAUUGAAAUCUCAUGGUAUCAUUGAAAUCUUAUAGUAUUUUAUUUUAUACAUAGCGUAUUUUUACAGUACGCAUGACUGCUUGUGCUGUGAUGAAUUAUUAUAUACAAUGGAUUGAGGCAAUUAUUCGUAAAGCAUCGUCUUUAUGUUUUAUUUUAGUGUGUAUUUAUUUGAACAAAUAUUGUUGAAGGUUGCCAAAAAUAUAAUGGAGAGUUGUUGAAGUUUUGUUAUUAAAAUUAUGAUACUUGUACAAUUAAACUCUUUAAUCGGGUAAUGGUACAAAUUUAGGGUUUGUUUUUAGGUUGUAACACCUAAUCUAGGUUAUAAUUCCUAAUUUUGUUUCAUAUAUUUCACAGUAACUAAAUCUUCGUCUCUCCAAACUUUAAACAUGAUUUGCCGUAUAGUUUCUGUAAUAUAAAAAGUCUAUAAGUGUCUAUUUCCACUAUAAAGAAAUAAUCAACCUAUAAAAAUAAAUAACUUGAAAAUUCAAUAUCCUAAUAUUUGUACGGUAGAACGUAAUGAUUUCUGGUUGGAAUGUUGAGAUUACCAUAUACAUAUAUUCGCUCAUUUAUUUUUGAACGUAAAAUCUUGAAGUUGUUCACUGCCUGUUUAAUCCGUGAUUCCCUAUUACUAUUAUAAUUGUGAUUACUGAACCACGUUAACCGGCUUCUUUCAAUACUGCAUACAAUAAAUACAAAAUAUUUAAACAUAAGGAUACACAUUGAAUGUAAAGGGUUUCACGCCGACUUGAAGAAAUGCGGUAGCAUAAUUAAUAUUAACAUUGCUGAAUAUAAUAACUUUUCAGUAUGUGAAAGGAAUCUCCUAUAUAUAAAUCUUUCAAAAUUUUCAAGAUUUUAACAUCAGAGUAGGUUUCAAUUUGUAAUAAUAAUUUUUGUAAAUUGUCACGUGCAAACCGAUAAUAUAUGCAAAUACGUAUAUCACGUAUAUAGAUGUUAUUCGAAUUGAAUAAAAAUUGUGAUUGUUUAA